AUGGCCACGGCCCUUUAUGCUUCUGUAAUUUCAGCAAGGCAGCCUUUGCUGAAUUCCUUCCAGGGCCGCCUUGUUACUUCCACUACUCUUGCAUGGAUUGUGCCAGUAGUAGACACCCUGCCAUGUGAAUUAGCGCGACAGACUUUCAAACCAAGGGAAGCAUAUUCAACUGCUUCAAGGCCCUAUCAGGUGUACCUAUCCCGGAAGAUGUCGUCUAAGAAAGGCAAUAAUGUCAAGAAAGAAGGGUCAUCGCCGCCCCGGCCAAGUUCAAGUGUUAUAAUCGUGUCGCCGAGGAACGAGAUACUUUUGCUUCACCGUGUUCAGACUUCCUCAUCUUUCCCGUCUGCACACGUUUUUCCCGGCGGCAACUUGUCAGCUCAGGAUGGAGAUUGCCCCCCUGAAAACGAUGUAAAGAGACAUGAGGAUUCUCUCUGUUACCGACGUGCAGCUAUCAGGGAACUGUUCGAAGAGAGUGGUAUUCUAUUAGCAAAGGACUCUUCUUCGGGGAGACUGCUUGCUAUCGGAGAGGACGAGAAAGAGAAAGGCAGAAAGUCGAUCCAUAUGAACGAGAUCACAUUCAUGGAAUGGAUAAAGAAGCAGAACUCAGCAGCAGAACUAGACAUGGAUCAAUUAAUCCCAUUCUCGCGCUGGAUCACCCCUACUAAUGUUCCAAGAAGAUACACGACACAAAUGUACUUAUACUUUCUGCCAUUACCCCAAGAGUCAGAUAAAAAAAUCUUGGACGAGCUACCUACAGAAGGAAAAUGCGAACAAAUACACGCCCCGACAAGUGAUGGAGGAAUCGAGGUCACAGAGGCAAUGUUCUUACCAGCGUCCGAAUGGCUCCAGAAGGCACGGAAAGGGGAGAUAAUUCUGUUCCCACCGCAAUUCCUCCUUCUUCACUUGGUUGCACAGUUCCUGGAUAAGCAGCCCCGAGAAACAGACUCCAUUGGAGAACUGGAGAAGCGGCGAUCGGAACUACUCCAGUUUGUGCAUUCCGGGAGUCCUCCAUGGACAAAGAAGUGCAUAUCUCCGAAAAUGCUCACCCUUUUAAACGAUGGAAGGGUGGCACUAGGGUUGGACCAUCCAGGCCCCGAGCUGAAGGGAACUGAUAAGAAGGGGGAUACAGAAAGGGCUGUAAUUGUGAGAUUUAGCAAGGGGGCUGUCAAGGACAUUGAUGUCUGGUGGAAGAAGGAUGUUUUUUCAGAAGACACGGCAGAGAAGAGUAAUCUGUAG